UAGCGGAGUAGAUAUAACGAGCUCUUUGGUGCUCCAGAUACUGCAGCUUUUCAAGACUUUUGACCUUUCCGUUGCAGCAUGUACACAUUUCAGAUGGCCGGAGCGAGGGAAGGGGGCUGGUUAGCGCGCGUUGGCAGAACAAUCAUACAAAUCUGAUCAUUCACUCUCAGAGGGAUGGAUGCCAAGGAUUCUGCUCAGCACUUUGAUCCUGCAGGAAAGGGCAGGCCUAGAGCUUGUCGCAAAGCUCGACUGUAUGCGUCGCGAAAAAUACAAGCUGCCGUUCGAGACGGACGAUAAGAGGUGGCGGCCGUACGUGAUCGAUCGCAUCAUGGAACUCCUCGAGCUCAAUACUCCAAACAAUUUCAAAGCACAGGACUCAUUCUCUUCGACUGUGUAUUACCUCAAGGUUAUGACCCUAACCCAAUCACGGUUUCCACCGGGAUCACAGCUGUCCCCAACAAACCAUGCGAAGCUUCUGCAGAAGCUCGAGUCAGAAACUAGGUUACGACGAUCAAUUAGAGAAAUCAACUUUCCCGAGGUGACGAACUACAAUGCGAUUACCAUGAAGCUUAAUCCGGACGGAACGAAGCCUGUGAUGGACCUGAAGCUGGAUGUGAUAUUCAACUCAAUUGAAGAUCCCAUGCAAUCAAUGCAUGUAAUGUCGCAAGGGCAUCUGGCUCACGAUGACAAGAUCGCUAAUGGCACGCCAAAGAAGUCCCUCAAAUCCAUUCUCCAGCCGUAUGCACACGCUGCAACAUGGCAAGGAUCGAUAACCAUUGAAGGCCACGGAAUGGCUUCCCAUAAAAAUUCAAUAUUCGGGAAUGCGCUGCGAGAUGUUGGGCUUGGUUCUCCUGAUCACCCAACAAAGAACAUCCCUGCUAUCUGAUUCGAUGAAUUCGACUUCUCCCUUGUCGAUCUGACUGCUUUCCAAUCGAUAGACUGGUCUAGCGCGAGGUCCCUCCACUUGCAUGAGUGCACGGGGUUGAUGGUCAUCUUUUAUCAUAUACUGACAUCA